GAUUUUUGGAAUUUCCUUGCUAAUAUUCCUGAAAAAAUUUAAGAUAUUUAUCAUUUUACAAAAACCUGUAUUAAAACGCUUAAUCUGAAUGUUUUGUUUGUAUUGAAUAAUGUAACAAAGAUAGGUAUUUGUGCUGUUUUUGUUGUUCAAAAUGGGCGAAGAAGUGAAACACUCCUGGUUAUGUCGUGUUUGUCUCGAACCGACAAGAAUUGGCAAUAGAUCUAUACACGAAAAAUAUAAGGAAUAUUGUAUUAUGGAAUAUAUUAACAAACUGACCAAUGUCAACAUGAAAAGCACUGAUGGAUUACCUGAUAAAAUUUGUAGCAACUGUUUCUUAGAAUUGGAGGUCGCUCUUAACUUUAUAGAAAAGUGCGAAAAAACAGACAUCUUUCUCAAGAAUUCCCAUAAAAAAUUGACUCAAUCAAAUAAAACCAUAAAAGUUGAAUAUGAUGUUCCAGAAGUGAAGUCCGAGGCAAAUGAAGAAGAUGAAGUGUAUGAAGUAGAUUAUUUAGACGAGUUCCAACAUUUAGAUGUAGACCAACAAGAAAAUGAGGUUGAACAAACUAAGCAGAUAACACCUACGUCAGAGGUGCAAUGUCAUGACUGCGGAAAUUUCUUUAAAUCAAAAUGUAAAUUAAGAGUACACUGGAAACAAACUCAUAUGCUCGACUCUCUUAUUUGUGACUUCUGUAAAAGGAAAUUUAAGAGUUAUAGAGCAUUGCACCGUCAUUUAAAAAAUAAAAGUCAAUCAUGCUUUACAGCACGAGAUCCAAAUGUAAGAGUUGAAGGUGAAGGCAAAUUGAGGACUUUCUAUUGUAAGGAGUGUGGUUACAAAUCCCCCAGAGUCAAAGACUUGGCGGCCCACUUGAGAACCCACAGCGGAGAAAAGCCUUUUCAAUGCAAUUUAUGCCAUAAGGCUUACUCGCAGCAGUCAUCAUUGCAAGGUCAUAUGGAGGGUGCUCAUAGAAAAUAUUUGGUUGAAAUCACAUGUCAAUAUUGUGGGAAGCAUAUUAAAGGAAGGAAUAGAGUGUACCGACAUCUAAGAGACCACCACGAUAAACCCAGACCUUGCCCAAUCUGUGAGAAACCUGUUACUGGUAAAUAUAUGAGGAAACACAUGCUUAGGCAUACUGGGGUCAAAACGUACACCUGCGAAACUUGUGCUGCUGCCUUUUACACUAGUGCCGAACUGGCAAAUCAUAGAAGAUAUGCUCAUAUAAAGUCGGUCAUGUAUAGUUGCUCAUUGUGUGAGUAUAAAAAUAUAAGAAAGGCAAUUAUUGCCAAACACGAGAGUAAGCAUAACGAUCAAAAUUUUCCAUGUGUUGUUUGUGGUAUAUUUUUCCCAACUGCAGAAACAGCGAUGGUUCACAAAGCAAGAUUACACGAUAAUGAGAAUAGCAAUGAAUGUCCACAAUGUCAUAGGACGUUUAUUAGAAAAGAGUCCAUCAGGAAGCACAUGUUGAAGAAACACAGCAGUGUGAUCGACCAUAAACCUAUUGUUAAAUGUGAAAGUAUUCAGAACAAAAUUGAACCUAUAAUUAUUGAAACUCCUAAAGCAUCUCCUAUUUAGAACUAUCUUUAUAUUUUUAAGAUUUUUAGAAAGUAAAUAUUAACUGCCUUUUA